AUGAAUGCAGUUGAUGGCCCCGGAUAUUUAGAUGAACCUCAAAAGUCGGGAUCUGAGUUAAACUGUCCUGUUUGCGCACAAACACUCCAUGACCUUGCUAAGCUUAACGAACAUCUCGAUAGAAUACAUGGUUUUGGCGAAGUUUCAAAUGAAGACGCUGACAGUGUGAACACACAGCUAACGAGGUCCCGAAACGUGGUUGAAAAUUCUUCCAAAGCCGCCAAGGCAAACAGAUUUGAGCUCAAACGAGACCAUUGGAUCAAGCCAGUUAUGGGUAAAAGCAGAUGUCGAACUUGCAGUAAAAGUCUUACCCAAGCCCGCCAGGCGAUCAACUGUAGGCGGUGCGGCGAAGUGUAUUGCAAGAAUCAUUGCAACCUUAUCAUCAAACUGAACAGUAAUGCAGAAUACAAUCCGCUCACUGGCGAAUGGUGUAAGUGUUGCAUUAACUGUUUCGGAAAUAGAGCUGGGUACAAUGAGUUUGGAGCGGUUUGUAAUAAGACUUCUAUGUUCAAGGAGCUGCGGGGCAGCAAAGUCGAAGACAAACAACUACGCAAGCUUCAGCUAGAAAACAGGUUUAUUAGACUUGCAAAUGGAAUCCAGCAAAUAAACAACCAAUCUUCAAAGUCUAUGCUAGCGUCGAUUCGAAAAUACACCGAAAUUAACAAGCUUGAACGAUCGGUAGUACCGUGGACACCAGAUGAGGCGGCUUUCGCAUGUAGUCUUUGCUCAAAACCUUUCACCUUAGCGCUAAGAAAACAUCAUUGUAGGUUGUGCGGGAAAGUUGUGUGCAAUGAGAGUCAGACGAACUGCUCGAAUCAGUUGCCGUUAAUGAGUUUGAUUAGAGCGGCAUCUGAUCUCCCUAUAAGCACAGAAUUCGUAGACAAUAAUGCCGAAGACGUCCAGAUAAGAAUUUGUUCAGCUUGUGUCAGGAUACUAUUCAUAAAGCGCAAAUUUACAAGAGAGCUUUCGUUACCCGAGCCCUCAAUUUUACGCAUUUAUGAGAACAUGCGCACUACUGCUGAUGUUAUUUUGUCAAUUUUGCCCCAGGUCCUGAAUCAGGCUGAAGAAUUUAGCGCUACACCGAACGCUCCCGACGUUGCGCUUCUUACAAAAAUGAGACGCAAGCUUUUAGACUCUUUUGCUUUGUAUGAUAGACUCACAAAGCAAAUGCUCAAGAUAAAACCCAAAAAUCCAGCUGAAGAGAGGAUUCAAAGGGCAAUAGUUUUUAGAGCAUCAAUGCUUAUCCAAGAACACAUGCUGCCGUUGAGAUCCUUAACUAAUGCGGCCAGCACUCAAAACUCUUCACACGAGACUACGCCAGAGUCUGAAAGAAGUAUGAAUCAAGGUUACGGCAAUAACUUGAGUAUCAAAGAGGUGAAAGAGUACAGGGAUCAGCUCAUGGUUUUAAAAGAGCAAAAGUUUCUAGUGGAAAACAUGAUAGCAUCAGCAAGUAAGCAGCGAAAGUUUGACGAAGCAGAGACGUUGAGUGGAAACUUGAGAGAACUCAAUGAACAAGUGGAAAUGAUUGCAAGGGCGCUUGGAGAGGAAGGAUUCAGCUGA